CGCAGCAGAGUACUUGGGAAGUUAGUUUGUAUCCUGAAUGUUGAUAACCGGAACAGAGCUUUAGUUCUCCACUCAAACACAAACAACUACUGUCCGACCCCAUCUACAAUUCUUCCUUUCUUAUACACACACACACAAUCACACAAUUUGGGUUUUUCAUGUUUAACAAUGAAACACAAAAGCACCAACAUCAAGCUUAUUGAUAUGUUCAACGAGGCCAAAGCCAAAAUCAUCAAGAAAAAGAAUGAAGCUGUUUCGAAUCUUCCUCAACUCUGCGCUUCCAAAAGAAAGAUGGGCCCCGGGGUUAUUGAAACGAACAACAAGAAGAAAAAGGUUUCUGAUUGUUACAAUAACACUAGUACAAAUAAUAACGAGAAUGGCACUGAGGUGAUUUGCAAUGCGUGUCAUCAGUGUAAGAGGAAUGACAGAGGCUAUGUGGUUCGCUGUUUGAAAUGCAAUCGUCGCAGAUAUUGUUUUCCCUGCAUCUCCGCUUGGUAUCCGUUGAUGAGUGAGGAGGAUUUUGAGCAGGCUUGUCCCGUUUGUAGAGGCAACUGCAAUUGCAUCAAUUGCUUGCGUAAAAAAGGCCCUUCUAGGGCUUUAGCGAGAUUAAGAUCCGAUGUCAUGCCUAGUACAGAUGACAUGUUCCAUAAUGCCACAUAUAUAUUAAAAAUGAUUCUACCAUUCAUGAGACAAAUUCAUGAGGAGCAAAAUAAGGAGAAGACGAGGGAAGCUAAAAUACAAGGCAUAUCUUUGUUACAGCUAAAAGUGGAGGCAGCAAAAUAUCAGUUGGAUGAACUUGUGUAUUGCAACAACUGCAAAACAUAUAUUCCGGACCUUCACAGAAACUGUACACACUGUUCUUAUAAUCUUUGCCUCACUUGUUGCCGGGAGGUGUGUGAUGGCUUCCUACAGGGAGUUGAGGAGGAAGAAAUUGUGCCAUCAAGAAAAGGCUGGACGCCUGAUGAAGAUGUGAGUGAGGAUCAUGUGAAGUCAUUAUCUAAAUUGAGGGUUAACGAAGAUGGUAAAAUUCGUUGCCCCCCAAAGGGUAAGGGUGGUUGUGGUAAAGGACUACUAAAACUGAAGCAUAUUUUACGCGAAGAUCACAUCAGUUCCUUGUUGUGGAGAGCUAAUGCACUUUUUGAAGAACACAAGUUAGACACGUCUGAAACUCCUACGCAGUGGUGCACCUGUACCAAUUUGUGUGAUAUGGCUGCCUGCGGAGGGAAUAUAAGAAAAGCUGCGUCUCGUGAAAAUUCUGAUGACAAUUACUUGUAUACCUGUAUGGCCGUGGACAUCAAAGAUGCAGAGUUAAAGCAUUUUCAGUCUCAUUUAUUUAAAGGUGAGCCAGUAAUUGUUAAUAAUGUACUUGAAACUACAUGUGGUCUGAGCUGGGAACCUAUGGUUAUCUGGCGAGCAUUUCGGCAGAUUAAAAAUGAAAAACAUGCCCGGCUUCUAAAUGUAUCUGCCCUCAAUUGUUUGGAUUGGCGUGAGGUGGAUACCAACCUCCACCAGUUUUUCAAAGGGUAUCAGGAGGGGCGGUUUGACAAACAUGGGUGGCCCCAAAUUCUAAAGUUGAUAGAUUGGCCUCCAUCUACUUUAUUCAAUGAGCAUGUACCGCGACACAGCACAGAGUUUAUUAGUUGUUUGCCCUUCAAGGAGCAUACACAUCCAUAUAGUGGCCGCCUCAAUCUCGCUGUCAUGCCACCUGACGGAGGUCUCAAGCCAGAUUUGGGGCCAAAGAUGUAUAUUUCUUAUGGAUUUGCUUCUGAGCUGGGGCGCGGAGACUCAGUAACAAAGCUCCACUACAAUAAAUGUGACAUGGUGAAUGUGUUGAUGCACGCCCAACCAAAUUCCUUGACAGAAUUGGAGCUCGACACAAUAGAAAGUUUGAAGAAAAUGCACUAUCAUCAGGAUCAACAUGAAAUAUGCAGAAAUGACAAAAUUGCAAGUGUACCUGAGAACCAGCAUGAAGGGGAACAUGCAAAAGGAUCCGAAAAUACAGAUGGAGGUGCUGUUUGGGACAUUUUCCGCAGAGAAGAUAUACCUAAGUUGGAAGCAUAUUUAAGAGAACAUUGUAAAGAACUUGGGUACAUUGGUUGCUCUCCAGUGGAUAAGGUCAUUCACCCUAUUCAUGAUGAAAAUUUUUACUUGAACCUGGAGCACAAAAGUAGGCUCAAACAUGAAUAUGGAAUUGAGCCAUGGAAUUUUGUACAAAAGCUAGGAGAUGCUGUUUUGAUACCUGCUGGCUGUCCAUAUCAAGUUAGGGAUGUUAAGUCAUGUAUUAAGGUCUCAGUGGGAUUUGUCUCGCCUGAAAGUAUUAGCGAGUGCAUUCGUUUAGUUGAUGAAAUCCGUUUCCUUCCUCAAAAUCACAGGGCUAAAGAAGACAUGUUACAGGUUAAAAAAUUGAUUAUUCAUGCAAUUGAACGAGCUGUGAAUGAUUUGGAGAAGUUAAAUACAGAACCUACUCUUUAUGUGGAAGACAGCUUGCCCUCAUCCAAAUUAUCAAAUUCUUCAUCGGAGGAGGUUAGUCAUGGCCGUCAAUCAUUAGGAUCAGAUGCAAACUCCAUGCGUUAUACAAGUGAUGAGGCACUUGAGGAUUGUGGUCAGGGACCCUCGGCAAUGGAAGAAGAGGCACCAAAUGAGAUGGGUGGGAAAGAGGAUCACCCUAGUGAUAAUACUAUUACGUCCAAAAUUGCCGCCGACAAUCAGCUUGAGGUUGUUCCUCAUACUAGAAGCAGUGCUCAGUCCCUGCAUACACCUUCCACUUCGAGUGCUUCUCCAAAUAUCUCUCAUCAAACUCCUAGGUCGCUCGCUACCGAGACAGUUGGUUUCUUUAAGCAGUUAGCAGACAUGCUUCAAAGCGACAAGUUUGAUCAGACUCUCCCUCCUCAAAUUCGGCUAGAUGAACAGACCAUCUGUGACUAUGAGCAGGUGCUCAAGAAGUGUAUGUCCGGAAACCUUAGAGAGCUUGGCAAAGAUUCCAGAUAUCAAGAGUUCAACGAAGUCUUAACUUCUUUGCUGUCCUGUCGGAGGAUUCCUUCAAACUUACACCAGGGGUUCUUAUCUCUACGCCGCGACUUGCCAAGUUUAGCUAGUAGAGCCUUCGAGCUUAACAAGGAAGUGACCCAUGGCAUGUUGCAGAGAGUUAAUAGGUCCACAAUGAAGGAACUCGAAAGUUGCAUGGACAGAUAUCGUAACUGUGAGGACAACCUGCUAAAGUUGGAGCAAGAAAAAGAAUUGAAUUCGUCCGAGAUAGAUAGGCUUUUGUCACAGAUAGGUAGGCUUCAGUCGAGGAAUGAAGUCAUAGACUCUGAGAUCACAAAAUUCACUGCUGAAGCGGAUGCCUUGAGAAUAGCUUCUGCUGCUCAUAGCCACAAGAUAGCCAACUUAGAUGGUGUAGGUGCAGUAGACGAGUCCACUCUUCAAAGGUCAAUGGAUGAUCUGCACAAGUUGGAGAAUGAGUGGAGAAAACGUGUAGAUGAUUUGAACUUCUAAUCUAGUCUUGCUAUCAUUACAUACAUUGGUUUGGUUCUUUGAGGGUAGUGAUGCUUCAGUCUGGCACUUGGAUAUCCGAGCAUUUUUUUUUUCUUGUUUUUUUUACUGAGACUGUAGGAUGGGGUCUCUAGUUUAUAGAGGUUGAUAUUCAAAAAUUAAAGGAAUGACAUCUUUUACAUAAUCGUACUCAAUUUCUUGCAAGUCAAAUUAUGGGUUGAAACUUUACAUAUCGACUUUUAGUAAUGGAGCUGUUUUGAUGGA